AUGGUUUUCAGCUUCAGUAACUGCCCCUGCUCGCUGGCGGCCGCUCUGGCCCGCGCCACCGCAGACAGCCUGCUCCAGUCCGAUCUGUCCAUCCAGAACCUCAACAAGGCUGUAGAAGACGGCGCCGAUCCGUUGCCACAGAUGGAGUCGGUGAAGAUGGCGCGGUUGGUGUUUAACAGACUGUUUGAGAUUUGCUGCCUGUGGCAGAAGGAGCUGCCGUUCCGCCGCCGCCCGCAGCCAUACUACGAAACGUCCAUCCAUGCCAUCAAGAACAUGAGGCGCAAGAUGGAGGAUAAGCACGUCAUCAUCCCCGACUUUAACACACUCUUCAACAUUCAGGAUCAGGAGGAGCAGGCGUUCUUUGCUGUGUUUGACGGACACGGCGGCGUGGAUGCAGCUAUUUAUGCUGCCAACCACCUUCAUGUCAACCUGUUCCACCAGGAAUCCUUCAGCCAGGAUCCCAGCGACGCUCUGUGCCGCGCCUUCAAGCUGACGGACGAGCGCUUCAUCAAGAAAGCCUCACGAGAGCACCUGCGCUGUGGAACCACCGGGGUGGUGACGUUCCUGCGGGGCCGGACGCUGCAUGUCGCCUGGCUGGGAGACUCCCAGGUGAUCCUGGUGCGGAGAGGGCAGGUGGUGGAGCUGAUGAAGCCACACAAACCAGACAGAGAGGACGAGAAGCAGAGGAUCGAGGCUUUGGGAGGAUGUGUGAUUUGGUUUGGCACCUGGAGGGUCAACGGGAGUCUGUCCGUAUCCAGAGCAAUAGGCGACUCGGAGCACAAGCCGUACAUCUGUGGGGACGCGGACCACGGCAUCUUCCCAUUGGACGGCUCAGAGGACUACCUGAUCCUGGCCUGCGACGGGUUCUGGGACACGGUGAGUCCCGACGAGGCGGUGCGUGUCGUCAGCGACCAUCUGCAGGAGAACGCCGGUGACACCACCAUGGUGGCCCACAAGCUGGUGGCCUCCGCCCGAGACGCAGGCUCCAGCGACAACAUAACUGUCAUAGUGGUGUUCCUGCGCGACCCGCGCUCCCCGCCGCCCACCAGCACGGAGGACGAAGAGGAGGGCGGGGCGGAGGAGCCGGUGGAGGAGGAGCAGGUCGCCGAGGUGGAGGAGGAGGAGCAGGAAGAAGAGGAGGAAGAAGAUGAAGCAAUGAGAGUAGAGCGAGACGGAGGCGAGGGAGGCAGCGCCGCGGACGUGGGAGGAAAAGGCCGCGGCGGCUGGCCGCUGCAGCAGUGCUCGGCUCCGGCGGACCUCGCCUACGAAGAUCGGACGGACUCAUUCACGGACAGAACCAGCCUCAGCUUGCUGGGGCCGUCACUGGAGAGCCACAUCAGCCCCAGCAGCUACCGGGGAGCGCGCCCUCUGACACGCAGGCCACGCCUCCCGUUCCAGCAGCCCGGCGCCGCCGGCUUCACGGACCCACUGUGGCCCCAAAUGGCCGUGCUUUUAGGCCACGCCUCCAGGCGAAGCCGCAGGCGGGGCCACGUCGGCCACCGAUCGGGUCGGAGGUGGCCGAGCAGGUCCAAAGAGCUGCUGGGUCUGAUACCGUCGGGCCACACGCAGAGUUACGCCCCCUGGAGGCCUGGAGUGGCAGUGCCUCACCUGCCCUAUGACGCCGCCAUCUGAAGAGAGGCGGCGCUCUCUGCUGACUCCAAGUGACGUUUCUGAGUAACACCGUCUCUCAAGAGCAAGCACUGAUUGGCUAGAUCCCACAGCAGAAAUGUGUCCAAAAUAUCAUCAUUUUGAAAAAGUUGAGCAACAAAAUAAGAAGCUGAGAGUUCAACUUCUUUUCAGAAUAAGUUACAAUUUUUGAGUGACGUAUUUUUAAAAUAUUUUUGUUUUUAACUAUUUUUAACAUUAUUUCAGGAACUAGAUCGGAUUUUGUUUUAAAGUAUCAACAUUCAUCCCUUCCUACUUAUAAAUGUCUGAAAAAGCUACUGUUUGCUACUGAAACAGAUGCUCUUAUUUUGAAAUGUAAGCAGACUUUCUCUAAGAGAAGGCACUAUGUAGACACAACUGAUGACGCUAAUGCUAACACAAAAUAUCCGCCGUUAUCCUAUCAAAGUGCUUAAACUGUAACUAAUCCCAAAGUCUUUUCUGGGUUACAACAGCAAGCCUGUGUAGUUAAGAAAAUAAAGGACAGCUUGAUGCCAAAGACGUCAGCUAGCGAUAUUUAAAAAAGUAACAUCUAGUGACAGAUGUUAAUUUGCUCCAAUCAGGUGUGGCUCUUGAGAAACGCGUUGCUUUGGAAACGCUGCUUCACCUGCAGAGCCUCCCGUCUGUCUGAAGGUUCAGCCAAAACAAACCGUUUCGUGGUUCUUCACUUCUCCCCUUUGCCUUCAACCACAUAUUUCUUUGAUAGUAAGUAGUCGUGGCUCCUGCAGUCGUUAUGUGAUAAUCAGUCGAUGUUAGAGGACCGGUACUCUGUCCAAAGUCGAAACAUUUCUCACUGUAAGCCGAACACAAACCUGCUGCCGCUUUAGACCCAAACAUCCUCUCUGUGGCCACUGAUCAGCCGGUAUGAAGCCAGAGCUCCAAAUGCUGGACAGUCGGAUGUUUUCACAGGUUGAAUGUGACGUAAAUGUUUAAAAAAAGCCACUGUAGAACUAACUACCUGCAUGUGGAGCAGAGCGGUUACUGCAGACAACACAAAGAAAGUGGGAGCUGUCUCACUUCAGGAAAAAGUCUCCUGGACUCCAACACCUGUUAUUAGUUUAGUUAGAGCUUAGUUCUGUUUUGGGCUGUGAAAGCCUCAAGUGAUUAAAAAUAUAAACUUCCAUUCAUUUAUUUCUGUGCCUCUGUAGAGAGAAGUGAUGUAACAGACCUGAGCUUCGCUCUCACAGCAGCUGAUAUUGACUUAUUUUGUUUGGCAUCCAGUAAUGUCAUAAUUUAGUGUAUUUCACCGCACUCACAGGUUUUUAAAGACCUAUAUGUUGUAACCCUGGCGACGACUUUUUUGUUGUUGACGCUUUCACAUAAACAGAACAUAUCCAGGAAGUAUUCGCAUCUCAACGUGUUGCAGGGAGAAACCUUCCUCGGUCCUAAGACCCGUCAAAAUGAGAAAUAUUCCUCAUUUUAGCAAGAUUAGAAAAAAACAAGAACCUCAUAUUUAUGCCUCAUUAAAACCAAAAUCUGUUCUCUUAAAUAAAGACGGUUGUUACAGUAAAACAGUGAAAAUCUAUUCAGAUUUUUAGAUGUCGCCUGGAGGAAACGUGGUUAGUUGUUUUUAACAAGUCGUAAUCGGUCAGAUGAGUGAAUUUUUAUGUUUUUUUACAAUCAUGCAAACAUCAACAUCGGACAAAAUGAGUCUGCAUUCGCUUCUAGCCAGAAACGCGCAUAAUUAACUUUUUCUCUUUUGCAAAAUUUUCAAACUUUGCCCCGCCCCCGGCCAGCAAAGUGGGCGGAGCCAAGAGACAUGUGAGGGAGGGGCUGCGAUCGAACGCAACAAUCACUGCUGUCAACUUGUCCACUUUUUCCUAAAUUUAUCCAUUUUUCAGACGAUUGACUUUUUUCAAAAAUAGCGAGUGAUAAAUCCAGUGACUCUUUCUGUGUUGGAGAUUUUAAUGACAACAGUCCUGAGCCGCCAUUAGCUGCUGUUAGCCGGUGUUGGCUGUCAUUAGCUACCGAUAGCUGCCGUUAGCUUCUCCAUCUUCCUCAGCACUGCAGCCAGUCUGAGUCGUUAGCCGUUCCACUCUGUCAAUAUUGCAAAUAAAUCACACAUUUGUAAGGCUGAGUAUCAACCAAUGGUCACCAGUUGUCAUGGCAACGCUCGCCACUCCAGCUCCUGACCCGUCCGGGGAGGAAGCUUCAACGUCAAUUAAAUGUCACCGUUUGAGCCGAAUAAAUCCAGACUAGAAGAAAAAGUCAAAAUAAUCAAUUUAUCAAACAAAAAAUCGAUUUGGGCGAGUUUCACUUUCUGCUCUCAUUAAACCAGAUGCACUUUAGCUCAACUUUGAGUAGAAAAGUGUAUGGGUACUUAUGCACCUAUAAUGUUUAAUUUGCACAACAGAAUACUAGGGCCACCCUCAGAAAAUAAAAAUAAUACUAGAAUAAUGUCAGAGUAUUACAUCGUACUACGACUUUAUUCUGGUUUGAUUAUUCCCAAAACAUCGACUUUGUUUUCUUGUCACUCUCACUCUUAAUUUAUCCUUGUAUUAUUUUGACUCUAUUCUCGUGAUUUUAUACUUUAUUCCUGUAAUUUUAUCUUUUUUUAUUUUUUAUUAGUAUGUCACAACUGCUUGGUAGGAAAAUGUCUUUAUAAAUGUCUGAAUAUGGAACUAAAACUAAAAUGGAUUUUAGUUCCAUUUUUUUUCUCUUCAAAUAGGUUUUAGAAAAAGUUUCCAAGUUAAAAAACAUGGAGAAUAUGAAGAGGUGUAAAUAACGACUGCUGGCACUUUACAUUAUAAUUAAUAUUUUCCUUCAUUGCCACUAACAGAAAUUGGACCAAAUCUUUCUGUCCACCCUGGAAAGAGAAAUAUUCAGUGAUUUUGCUGCUUUCUUAUGAAUACAGAGUGAAAAAUAUCCUGUUUCUAUUAGAUAGAUGCUAAAUGAGCGCUAAUGGCUGAUCCUGCUUCUCUCUGGAUGAUUUGAGGCUGCAGACGCUGUUCUGCCGCACCAUUCAGUCAGUGACCCAGCAAUUAUCCUGCAACAAUUUGUCUACUCUUAAAAGCAUUAACUGUCGGAUUAUGAAAGAUUAGAUUUCACUUACCUGAAUAAAUGCGUCAUGCAGCCCAGAUGGGAUGUCCUCCUGGGCUAAUGGGCUUUUAGGAGGAAGGAUAUUGAGAUAUAUGUAUAUAUUUUUAUUAGUCUAAUAGUUUUACCUAUUUGCUUUAACUAAAAAGAGAGAUAUUCUUGAAAUGCUUGAUAAAAUUAGCAUUAAUAUUAGUGGGAAAGUUGCAUACUUUCCUCAAUCUGGAUUAUUUAUUGCAAGAUUAAUGGAUCUAAAAUAAAAGUGCUGGGAAGUUUGACAGGAGUUUAAUAACUAAAAAGGAAAUUUAAAGCCACUCUGAUAAAUAUGAAAGUAUAACCUGCAGCUGUUUAGCUCAGCUCAGUCAUAAAACCCAUUUCUGUUGAGGGGUAGGCUUGUCCAUCAUAAUGAAAUUCACAAAAAGGGAUUUUCUUGUAACUUUGUUAAAUUAAUGAUGUUGGUCAAUGAAGGAAUCAUGUAAACAGAACCUGUAUGAGAUUCAUAUCGUCUUGGUUUUAAAGUGCAUCAAUGCAGGAAACGCCUUGGAAAGCAGCAGCUGCGGAAAGUUUCCCUCUGAGAGGCUCGAAGCGCCGGACGGGACGCUGAUGUCCCGGGUUUGGGACAAGACGUCCCUCACUGCUGCCGUUUCAUAUUUAGACCGGUUAUCAGUUUUCCAUCAGGUUGCACAAAACUAAAUGUGCUACCUUAAAAAUGUCUGCUAUCUAUAUGCAAAUGCUGAAAUUUUCAAAGAAUUAAACUGUAGCCACUUUUUGAGAUGUUUUAACCCAUUAAAAAUCAAAAAGUGCCGAAUGAACCAUCAGACUAACCAUAAAAACAGGAAGAAAUAUGAGAAAAUCAAUUAGCUUUUAUUUGUAAAGUAUUUACAUGUUAAAUGUUGCAGUUUUUGAUAACAUUGUUGAUCUAUUUAGGCUUAAGGAGUUUAACAGGCAUUUCUGUCAAAUUAUAAUUUAGUUUGAAAUGGCAACAAUUGUCAGAUGGCCCGUCUUCCAUCUGAUGUAACAAAAAGGAUUUAUUCUAAAUAAAAGAAGUUUAUCAUAUAUUGCUCAUAGCAAAACUUAAAAUAACAUUUAUCAGAUUUUUCAGAGCCACAAAUAAAAUAAAUCUCAGAUUGCUGCUAAUCAGGUAAUGCUAGUAGAUAAAGAAAUGCUGUGCUUUGAAAAUUAUUCAUACAUAAAUGUACCAAAUGCACUUUAUAUUACACAUAAAAUUAGUAAAUAUAUACUGUAUUAAUAAGCCUAAAUCAGGCCGCCAUGAGAACAGAGUCCGACCGUUUAGAACCUUUAUUUCUUUGAAACCAGUUCAGUCCUUUAUUGAGCUCAAGUUUCCAAAAAAUGAGGUACAAAAAUAAUAUUUUAUUGGCACAUUGGGGGACAUUAAAGUAGAAAUAGGGAUAUUUUCUGUCGUAUUAUUGCUGUUAUUCACUGUUUGGUUAUAUUUAGACAAAGAGUAGAGUUUAUUUAUUUAUUUCCGUUUUAUUUGAAAGCCAAACCAAAAUAAAAAUGUUUCGACCUUUAAAACUAAGAUACAUAAAUAUAAGCUCAUGUCAAACUGCAUCACUGUCGUUUCAAGUGGUUAAAGGGACCAAGUUGGCAAAUGUUGAAAUAUAAAGUGAAAGCUGUCAACAAAUUUAUAUUUUAUUACUCAGAAAGCGGUUUUGGUAAAAAUACGUUCCUUUCACUUUUUUCCAAGCAUUUUGAGUUAAGAAGGAAAACGAGAUUUUUUUAUUUCUCCCUUUAUUCACAUCUUCAGCAAAUUGGCUGUUUUCAGAUGAACUAUUGACAUUAUAACCCUAAUUUCCCUUCAUUUUAUUCCAAAUGUUUUAUCACCACAUCCGAACUGGGUUAGCAGUAAAGCCACUGGUUCCACUGGGGAAGUGUUGAGGAAGAAAAGCCAUUUUAUUCUCCUGUUUGAGAAACGUCACAAUAUUUGUGUGUAAAGGCCUGAAGAAAACCGGCAAACUGAAAAACCGUCGUUUGAUCUCUUCAUGUGUUCAUUCUGAGUCUAAGUGAACGUGGAUCUGGAGGACGAAAUAUAGAAACUUUAUUAUAAAUUUGUUUUAAUCCACAAGACUCAGCAGCUGAGAGUGUUUCCGUCUGAAACAUUCACAUUUUAGUGGACAGAGAAACAGAGACGAGGUUUUUAUUGUCCGUCUGUCGUAGCUCAGCCGCUUUCUCACCCAGAUAUAAACAGUAAUAGAGAUAAAUAUGUUAUUUAAUAUCUUCAGUCAAAAUGUUCAUAGUCCCAGUUGAAAUGAAAGCAAGCAAGAUGUCACUCCAGUUUAUUAGCACAUAACAGAUGAGAAAACAGGAAAAUCAAGGACCUGCUGUGGAGUUUCAGUCUCAACUGUUGAACCACAAAUUAAAUAUUUUCACCAGUUUUUAUCCGAUGUUAUUGCUUAAAACUCAUAAAUGUUUCAAUGUUCAUGUACUUUAUGUCUUAUUGCAAAAGUCCAAAAGAAAUCCAAUGAUAACAAACAGAAAUUAAUGAAAUUUACUGGUUUCCAACUGACUUGUUUUGGAGCAUAGCACUUAAAAUGGAUAACUUUUACAUUUUUUAAACUUUUAGUAUGAAGGUAUUUAAAUUUUUGAGUUUUUAAAUUAAAAACCAACAGAGAGAAUAAAUCUGGUUACUUUGGUGUCAUAAUUAGGAAAAUAUAUGCAAACUGACAUGCAGCGAACAGAAUUCAGAUGUAAUCAAAUCAAAACAUUUCUUCAGUGAUUGACGUUAAAAAGUGAAAUCUAUAUGUUAUGUAACAUAUAUGACGGAGUGAUAUAAUUCUGUCAUUUUUAAUGUUAUUAAAACUGAACUUUCAUAUAGGAAGUAAUUCAUGCAAAAGGAGCCCCAACCAAGUAUUGAGGAAAUAGUUUACAGCAGGCCCACAUUUCUGAAAUAAUCCUUCAAUUUCUUUUAUAUAAUAUUCACAUUU